ACCUAGUAAACUAAAGUUGACCGUUUGUUUGUCGACCAUUUGUAAUUUCAUUUCCAGUAAUUCCAUACCUUGUGUUUUUUGUCAAAGUCUGUUAUAGAUCAUACAAAAUGGCCAAUGGAAAGCAAGAAAAUGAAUAUAUUGAAAGUGGUGAAAAGCGACCUGCUGAAGAGGAUUCUUCCCCGAUAAAUGUAAAAAGAAAGAAAACUGAAGUAAAUAUUAACAUAAGCCAGAAAAAUCCCAUUUCGAUUUUAAACGAGUUAAGAUUGGGGCUCAAAUAUGAAGUUGUAGAGCAAUCUGGACCAUCACACAAUCCCAUAUUUAAGGUAUCGGUUGUGGUAGAUGGGCAAACAUAUUAUGGUGUAGGAAAUUCGAAAAAAGCUGCAAAAUGUUGUGCAGCGACAGAAGCUCUGAAAUCAUUUAUACAGUUUCCCAACAAUGGUACAAUCACUUCAACAAAUAACGUUUCAAAUACCAAAAUGGAUUUCACUUCUGACCAAAUAGUGAACAAGAAAAAGAAUUCUGCAGGAGGAGCACCAAAAAAGCCGGUUGUUAAAGUACCAGUUAUGUUAUUAAAUGAACUGUAUCCUGGUGCGCAGUAUGAUUGUUCUAAUGAUGAGAGUGAUCCUUAUGCAAGGUUCAAAGUAAUCAUUACAAUAGAAAAUGAAACUUACUCCGGUACAGGUCCUAGUAAAAAAUCUGCAAGGAAUGCUGCAGCAACUGCUGCUUUGAGUAAGCUAGCUGCACCGAGCACUGUGUCACAGGAAUUGCCUAAUGUGUAUGGGCUCUCCAAUAGAGAGGACCAGGAAAAAGCAGACACUAUUGCAAGGCUUGUAACUGAAAUGUUUGUAUCUCUAAUGGCUAAUGAUUUGACACACAUUAAGAGGAAAGUUCUGGCUGGCAUUGUAAUGACAAAAGAUUCCUCUCUAGUGGAUGCUGAGGUAAUAUGUGUGACAACAGGUACAAAAUGUGUUUCUGGUGAACACAUUAGUAUCAAUGGAGCUUCAUUAAAUGAUAUGCAUGCAGAAAUUCUCGCUAGGAGAUGCUUGAUGAAUUUCUUGUAUGAACAGUUAGAUAUGAUGCAAUACCAAGGUGUAGCUGAACAUUCAAUUUUCACACAAAGAGAUGAUGGGUAUGGAUAUAAAUUAAAAAACGGUAUUGAUUUUCACUUAUAUAUUAAUACUGCUCCAUGUGGAGAUGCUAGAAUUUUUAGUCCCCACGAAGAAAAUUCCCCAAUUGAUAAGCAUCCUAAUAGAAGUUCGAGGGGUCAAUUAAGGACAAAAAUUGAAUCGGGUGAGGGUACCAUACCUGUUAAAGCCACAUCUUUGAUACAAACGUGGGAUGGCAUUAUCCAGGGUGAAAGACUAUUAACUAUGUCUUGCUCUGACAAAAUAUGUCGUUGGAAUGUUUUGGGAGUACAGGGUGCUUUAUUAUCACACUUUAUCGAGCCAGUUUACUUAAAGUCUAUUGUCUUGGGGAGCUUGAUGAAGGAAAACCAUUUAUACAGGGCUAUAUGUGGUCGCGUAGAAAAUAGUCUUCAAGGACUUCCCCCUCCAUACUUAUUAAACAGGCCAGUAAUGUUACGUAAAAGCCAGCUAGAAGGUCGACAGCCUCAAAAGGCUCCAAAUUUUGCUGUAAUUUGGAUGAAGGGCAUACAGAAACCAGAAAUUGUUAAUACGGUAACUGGAAAGCCAGAACAAGGUAUUUCCAUAGUAUCGAAAAGACAGCUUGUUAACAAAUUCACAUCUCUUUGUGGCAAUAUCUCUAGUGUCACUGGAAUAAAGGAUGUUCCUCACACAUAUGCUGAAGCUAAAGAAGCUGUAAGGAGAUACACUGCUGCAAAGGAAUGUUUAAACAAAGCUUUUAAAAAAGCGCAACUGGGAUCUUGGGUAUCUAAACCUCUAGAACAAGAUAUGUUUAAUAUCAUAGAGUAAAAAAUUUGACAUUGGUAUAAAUGCUUGUUUUAAAACCAGGUUGAGUUUAUAUGCACUAAUUAAGCUUUUUCAUUAUCAUUUGUUCUAUAUAAUAAAAUAGAAAAUAAAAUAAAUUUAACUAGUGAAA